GCGGUCAGGGGCGGCAUGAGUGCCGCGGGGCUGCUGGCCCCGGCCCCGGCCGGAGCGCCGCCGGCCCUGGAGUACUAUCCUGAGGAGGAAGAGGAGCUGGAGAGCGCCGAGGAGGACGAGUGCAGCUGUCGGGGCCGCGAGUCGGACGAAGACACCGAGGAUGCUAGUGAGACUGACCUGGCCAAGCAUGAGGAAGAGGACUACGUGGAGAUGAAGGAGCAGAUGUAUCAGGACAAACUGGCUUCUCUCAAGAGGCAGUUGCAGCAACUGCAGGAAGGUACCUUACAGGAAUAUCAGAAGAGAAUGAAAAAACUAGAUCAGCAGUACAAAGAAAGGAUCCGAAACGCAGAACUUUUCCUUCAGCUGGAAACUGAACAAGUAGAAAGAAAUUACAUUAAAGAAAAGAAGGCAGCAGUAAAAGAAUUUGAAGACAAGAAGGUUGAGCUGAAAGAGAAGCUGAUUGCUGAGCUAGAAGAAAAGAAGAAAAUGAUUGAAAAUGAGAAGCUAACCAUGGAACUGACUGGCGAUUCUAUGGAAGUGAAACCCAUCAUGACCAGAAAGUUGCGGAGGCGACCAAAUGAUCCUGUCCCCAUCCCAGACAAGAGGAGAAAACCAGCUCCUGCUCAGCUAAACUAUUUGUUAACAGAUGAACAGAUCAUGGAGGAUCUGAGAACGUUAAAUACAUCCCCAUCCUCUCCUGAACACUUGCCUACUACACCUGCAGAGUCUCCUGCCCAGAGUGCUCGGAUCGAAGAUGGCAAACUGUACUAUGAUAAAAGAUGGUAUCACAAGAGCCAAGCCAUCUAUCUCGAGUCAAAGGACAACCAGAAACUGAGCUGUGUGAUCAGCUCAGUUGGAGCCAACGAGAUCUGGGUGAGGAAGACAAGUGACAGCACCAAGAUGAGGAUCUACCUUGGCCAGCUUCAGCGUGGGCUCUUUGUGAUCCGUCGGCGGUCAGCAGCUUGACUUUCUACAGUGCUCCUCUUCCCUUUUUCUGGAGUGGUUUUUAUUUUUGUUUUAUCUUGUUUUCUUAAUAGAAAU